AUGACUGGCUCUGAUAGGUUGAGGUUCAUCUGCGAUGAUGUUGAGGUGCUGAUGUCACCGCCACCAUGCUCCCCAUCUUCAUCCAACAACUCAGCAUACAUAGCGUGUAAGGAGCCAGCUCGUGGUACUUUCUCUGGGGGCUCGAUAAAAUAUACUUCAAUUGACAGGUACUGUGGCCCCAACACUGGCAAUGUACACAUCAUCGCAGACCUGUAUGCUGAGGUCAUUGGAGUCCUUACACAGUCAAAGUUUCAAGCAGUGAGGAAGAAGUUCAUCACAGAACUGAAGGAGCUCAGGCUAAAAGAGCAGAGUCCCUAUGUGGUCCAGAGCAUCAUCAGUCUCAUCAUGGGCAUGAAGUUCUUCCGGGUGAAAAUGUAUCCUGUGGAGGAUUUUGAGGCUUCUUUUCAGUUCAUGCAGGUAAAUUAAAAAGUCAUUUUUUCA